GGAAUAGUAGGAAUAUUAUAUUUAGAAAAUGAGUACGAAGAAGAGGGAAAGGAAGAUGAACAAGAAGAAAGAUACCCUUAGUCUUAAGGAGAGGUCUAAGAUACAUAGGGAGAGGAAGAAGAAGUAUUACCAAGAUCUCGAAGAAAAGGUCAAAAUCCUUGAAGAAGAAAACAGGAAAUUAAAGGCUAAAAUAAUCUUUCUGAGCCAACAAGCUCCAGCCAGAAUAUAGAAGAGCUAGAAGUGCUAGAAUCAAAAGAUAAAAAUAAUGAGGCUGAUGUAUCACUUAAUAGGGAAGAAAAUUUUGUGCACCAGAUACUUCCCGAUAUGAUCAAGAAGAAACCCCAUGAUUUCAGAAUGUCCCUGUUUGAGAACUUACGCGAUAAUCAAGGUGCAUAUGGGUCUGAGAGAAUUAAGCUGCUUAAGAACUCUUUUAGUAAGAUUAUUGAAUGCUGAGUCCCCAUGACAUUCAAGCUUUUGUUAUGUGCUUUUACCUAUACAGGAGGGCCAAAAUUAAUCACAAUUUUGCGAGAUAAGCGUAAGAACAACAGAUCUUCAUAUAAAUAUUAUAAAUCAACUGUUGAUGUGAAGUCAAAGGAGGAGAAAAAAGCUGAUCCUUCGUCUGCAGAAUUGCCACCCCACCUGCUAUCAUACUGAAACAAAGGUCUAAUACAUGAACUUCCAGAACAUCUAGCUAAGCUGAAUACGAGGGUGAGGAUUGAAGAAGCUUUUUAUCGUUACCCUUUCUCACAAGGAGUUAUUGACUGCUGGUCAAAGAACGGAAUCCCUACUAGAGACUAUCUAUUUGAGAUAAGAGACUGCAUACAAGACCUCGUCAAGAUCAGGAAUAAGAUGCUAAAUUGACUUAAAAACCUGCACAACGAGUUCUUCACGUCAGGGAUGUACAAGAGUUUUACGAAGGACGAUAUCGUGGCUUUCUCGAAAAUGGGAGCUGAGCUGAAGGGAAGUGACCUAGUUGAUCCAUUUACGCUCUAUCAGUUGAGAAGGAGAGAAGAGGAGGAAGAUGUGUACCAGGAUGAUGAGAUUUCGUGGUUUGAUAGCUAAUUCAAUUCCAUUAUAA